UACUCGACAACAUAAUCUCAACCUCGAUAAUUCAUGUAAAUAAGACGGCGUAUUAUAUAAAAUAAAAAUAAAAAAUGCGUCGAAAUCGCGGGUUUUUGUUAUUGCUUUCAAUGUGUCUGACAAUGAUUUUUAUUGCUUUGAACGCAAGGUCGUCUACGGAUCUGCUUGAGCUCGCGAGUGUUGCCGAAAAACGUAGCUCAUUCAAAAAACACGAUGGGUCACGUGCCGACGAUCGAUGGAUCGCUCGACGCCAGACGCAUCGGUAUGUCACACCUUCUCUCGCCGAAUUGAGUGAGGUACCAUACAAGUAUAAGCAUAUUCUUAUGAUGACACGCAUACCUGGUACAGGCGCCGAAUUGAUAGUAUUUAUUCUACAACGUUUACAAGGAUAUAACGCUUUUAAACAUAUACGUCUACCACCGAGCGAUUAUAAAUUUUUAUCAGUUGUACAACAGGAGUUAUUAGUAGAAGAUGUUAUGAAUAUCAUCAGACAAGAAGCUAUUCCCUUAACUUUUGAUGGAGAUGUAAAGUUUUUAAAUUUCUCGGCAUUUGGGCGUCAAGGACCUACAUUUAUAUCUUUAGUGAGAGACCCUUUAGAUCCACGAAUUUGGCAAUGGAAAGGAAAAGAAGGCAUGCAUUAUCACGGAGCUAUAUCUCAUUUUUGUGGACAGGAACCACGCUGCAUGGAACGAAAUAACACGUGGGCGUUGGAACGCGCCAAGGUAAAUGUUAUUCGAUGGUAUCCCGUUGUUGGGAUAUUGGAUUAUAUGGAAGAAUCGCUAAACGCGCUUGCAGUCGAGUUUCCUUAUUUUUUUAAUGGUGCUAUUAAUAUCUAUAAUCAAUUUCGAUCAAAAGAGAAUCUGCCUUCGGUAAGUUUAAAAUUACGAAUUAAAGAUGCAUCUUUAAGAAAUGUUCUUGCACAAGAAGUGGAAUUUUAUCAAUGGUUAAAAUCUCGACUUCUCAACAAAACUUUCAACAAUGAUUGAGUACUGCGCAGUACGGUUCAAUAAAAUUUAUUGUAACCGUAAUAUAAAAUUGUCAGGACCAAACAUUGUCUUUCUUACAAAGUUUCCUACUCGUAUUCUAUUAUAUAAAAAAAAAUUCAUAGUUAAAGAAAGAUAAAAAAGAUUAAAAAAUUCUUACUCCAUUUGUAAAUAGAAUAACUUAAAACCUAGGUUAUAUAUUUUAUAGUUUUAAAUUAUUUUAAUUUUUAAUAAAUUUAUAUAUUAUCCGUUAAAAAAAUAUGUUCUUCAUUAUAAAAAAAAUGCUCAAAAUCAGAUUGCUUUUUUGUGACAAUAAAUGAGACAGUAAAUUUUGUUUACCUUAUUCCUAGGAAUACUGUCCCAUAGAUCUUUCCAGCUGCUUGUUAAGAGCGAAAAUAGGAUGAGAAUAGGAUAUAAUCGGAUGGAAUGAAACAGACUUCUAAUAUAUACUUUACAUUUUUGUUAAUAACACGUUAUUUGAAAUAUCAGGCCGCCAUAUUAGAAAUUUGUAUUAGACUUUUUUUUUCACAUCCUAUAAAGAGAAAUAUACUUGAUUACAAUGAGUACCAAAUAGAAAUACUAAAAUUAAAAUGAGCGUAAAAUUGAAAUUUUAAAGAGACGAAAAUAUGAGAAAGAGAAGAAAAGAGGCUGUUCUUUUUCUUUACCUUGGCUUUGCCACAUUGUCGACAUUCUUUCUUUGGCGCGUAAUCUAUACUUGUGUGUUCAAAACGCCUCUAUAUUCCCAAAACAUAGAUAUCAAACUACAUAGCCAUUUCUAAAAAAUUUCUCAGUAGGUAACACUAAGAAAAAUUUCGUAUCCACGAUUUCUGGUUCUGUUCCGUGCUACGUUUUCCAAGUAUCGCUAAUAUAGACCAGUGACGCAACAAUUACAGUUACAUUAAAUAGAUUUCUAAUA